AUUGUACGUGGUGUCAUCGAUCUCUUCCUUCUCAUCAUCUGAAUUCUGAAAUAAAAAUAAAAGAAUGGCUUCGUUGGGAGUGUCGGAGAUGCUGGGCAACCCGCUGAGCUUCAGCGGCGGUGCAUCCUGCAGGUCGGCACCAACACCGUCGAGUCCGGCCACCUUCAAAACAGUGGCACUAUUCUCAAAGUUCAAGAAGGCAGCUGCACCUCCCCCCAAGUCUAAGCCAUCACCCGUCUCAUCCGCCAACGAGGAGCUCGCCAAGUGGUAUGGUCCUGACAGGAGAAUUUUCUUGCCUGAUGGCCUCUUGGACAGAUCAGAAAUCCCCGAAUACCUCACUGGAGAAGUGCCUGGAGACUAUGGAUAUGAUCCCUUUGGACUCGGCAAGAAACCUGAAGACUUCGCCAAAUAUCAAGGAUACGAGCUCAUUCACGCUCGAUGGGCCAUGCUUGGUGCAGCUGGGUUUAUCAUCCCUGAGGCAUUUAACAAAUACGGAGCUAAUUGUGGGCCCGAAGCUGUUUGGUUUAAGACUGGUGCACUGCUUCUUGAUGGGAACACAUUGAAUUAUUUCGGAAAGAACAUCCCCAUUAACCUUGUUGUUGCUGUGGUUGCUGAGGUUGUACUGCUCGGCGGUGCGGAAUAUUACAGAAUUACAAAUGGCUUGGAUCUGGAGGACAAGCUUCAUCCAGGUGGGCCAUUCGAUCCAUUGGGUCUGGCUAAUGACCCGGAUCAGGCAGCAAUAUUGAAGGUGAAGGAGAUUAAGAAUGGAAGGCUAGCCAUGUUUUCAAUGCUCGGUUUCUUCAUUCAGGCCUACGUCACUGGACAAGGUCCUGUCGAAAACCUUGCAGCACACUUGAGUGAUCCUUUUGGCAACAACUUGCUCACUGUUAUUUCCGGUUCAGCUGAAAGAAUUCCUACUCUCUGAUGAUAUGUAAUGUAAUUCCUUGAUGCAUUAUAUUAUAUUUCUUCAAUACAUAUUUAAGGGAGUUAACCAAUUAAUAUCAUUGUAAUUCUGAGACCUACUUGAGCUGUGGUUUGGCUACUUUUGGAUUCUUGCCUUGAAAAUUAAUGUUCAUUUAUGAAUAUAUAUUCCAACCA